AUGCAUCAACUCCCUCCUCAGUAUGCAAUAGACCGACCAGCUUACUCUCAACCAGUUUUUGAUGAAGAGUUUAACAGGAAGAGAAGAAACUAUCCUUUGGGGGAUAAAGUGAGGAAAAUAUUCAGAUGCUCCAGGGGGCGAUUGAAAAGUCUUCUCUUCAGACAUCUGCCAGUGCUUAGUUGGCUUCCCAAGUACAAUUUCAGACAGAACCUUCUGUGUGAUGUCAUCAGUGGAGUCAGCGCUGGCACGAUUCAGGUUCCACAGGGCAUGGCCUUUGCUCUUUUGGCAAACCUCCCUCCAGUCAAUGGACUUUAUUCAUCAUUCUUUCCUCUUAUUCCAUACUUCUUCAUGGGCACAGCCCACCAGAUGGUACCAGGUACUUUUGCUGUGCUGAGUAUCAUGGUGGGUAUAGUGUGUCUGCAGCUGGCACCUGAAUCAGAUUACAGCUAUUUUAACACCACUUGCAAUGCCACUGUAGUUCAUAAGCAGAAGAUGAAUGAGGCUCGACUGGUCAUAUCAGGCACUUUGGCUUGCCUGACUGCAAUCAUACAGAUUGGUCUAGGCAUGAUGCAGUUUGGAUUUGUGGCAAUAUACCUCUCUGACUCAUUUGUUAGGGGGUUUAUGACAGCUGCAGGGCUGCAGAUCCUCAUUUCUGUUCUUAAGUACAUCUUUGGAAUUACAGUACCACCAUACAGUGGUCCUCUGGCUAUAAUAUAUACUCUAAUAGACAUAUUCAAAGGCCUGCCCAGAACCAACAUAGCUUCUCUGGUGUUUUCCCUCAUCAGCUGUGUGGUGCUGAUCAUAGUAAAAGAACUGAGCACUCGCUACCGUCAUAAAAUCCCCUACCCUAUUCCCAUAGAGAUAAUUGUUGUCGUGGUGGCUACUGCCAUUUCUGGGCCAUUGCAUCUGCCUGAGAAGUACCACAUGGACGUAGUAGGAGAAAUCCCUUUGGGGUUUCCUGACCCAAUUUUGCCAAUAGUGUUGGACUGGGGGGAAAUGUUAAGUACAGCAUUCUCACUAGCCAUUGUGGGAUAUGUUAUAAAUUUGGCCAUGGGCCGAACACUGGCCAGCAAACAUGGUUAUGAUGUGGAUCCCAAUCAGGAAAUGCUUGCUUUGGGCUUCAGUAAUCUCCUGGGUGGUUUCUUUAAGAUUCAUGUGAUCUGCUGUGCUCUGUCUGUCACACUCGCUGUGGACAGUGCAGGUGGUUCCUCACAGUUUGCAAGUUUAUGUGUCAUGGUAGUCGUCAUGGUUACCAUGCUAGCUUUGGGAGCUUUUCUCAAUCCUCUUCCCAAGUCAGUGUUAGGAGCUUUAAUAGCUGUUAAUCUGAAGAACACGCUACUGCAGAUCUCGGAUCCAUAUUAUCUCUGGAAGAAGAGCAAACUAGACUGUUGUGUAUGGGUUGUGUCUUUCCUGGCAACCUUGUUUCUGAGUCUGCCUUAUGGUGUUGCUAUUGGGGUGAGCUUCUCCAUUCUGGUAGUCAUUUUUCAGACUCAAUUUCGUAAUGGCUCAGAAGUGGUGCAGGUCUUAAAUACAGACUUGUACAAGAACCCUAAAGUCUACAGUAAGGUGAAAUCCGUUGAUGGUGUGAAAAUAGUGAGUUAUUGCUCACCUCUUUACUUUGCAAAUGCAGAGAUAUUUCACCGAAAGGUUAUCAGAAAAACUGGGCUUGAUCCAGGCAAAGUGCUUCUGGCCAGGAAGAAGUUUCUGAAAAAACAGCAGGAAAAAGAAAAACUUGAACUAAAAGCAAAGCAGAAUCAGGAGAAGGCAGCUGCCAGAAAGAGGAACAGGAGCUCACUAGUUAACUUCAAGGCACAGACAAUUUCACAAGUUGAUCUGCAGAGUGACUUUUACACCAUUGGUGUAGGCAGUGAUAAUAUGCCAACGAGUUACAGCAAUCCAUACUGUGAUAUUAUCAACUCUACUGACCAGCUUCCAGAGCCUGUGCCUGCCUGUUCCCCUCGUGUUGUGAUGGAGAUGCAGCCUGUUCCUUUUCAUACACUUAUCUUGGACCUGGGGGGAGUCUGUUUCAUCGACCUGAUGGGCAUUAAAGUUCUUACCAAGAUGAGCAAGACUUAUAGCAUGCUGGGGAUUUGCCUAUAUCUAGCAAAUGUGCAAGCUCAGGUAUUUGAGGAGCUCGAGGCUGGAGGAGUGUUUGAGUGUUUUACACCUAGUCACAUGUUCUUAACAGUCCAUGACGCAGUCCUGUUUGCCCAGCAAAAGUCACGGACUCCUGGAACUGUGGACGAGCAAGGAGACAGGGAAAGGGUUAAACUGGCAUUUGAUGUAGAUGAAGAGGAACAGGAUCUGGAGCAGGAGCUUUUUUGACUGCUCAGAAGAACAUUUUGAAAGUAGCUGGUUUGUCUUGACAGCAUUAUAACAUAUUUGAUUUAUUUUAAAAUAAUGUAGGAUUGAAGGGCCUGGAAAUAUAUGCUGCAGUGCCUUUAUAAAGAACUGCAUAGUGUACAUGUUGUUCAUUGGUUUACCAGUAGAGGGAGGAAAUCUAGAACCUGCCGAUAAUAUCUGUAGACCAAAGUAGGCCCAUUGUGAUCUUUGAUUCUAUGAUCCGCCAUGUUAUAUAUAUUUGAAGGGUGGAAAAAAGUUAACAACUUGUGAAUAAAUAAGGCCUGGCUUCCUUUCUUUUAAUAGAGGUCACAAUGGAAUAGCUACAUUAGGCAUAGAACUUUUGUACAAAAUAUAUGUGUAUUGUACAAUAAAUUGGUUUGUUUCUCAUUGUACUAUACGUUUCACUAUAACUUUGAAAAUAAAA